UUCAAGGUAAACAAUGUCUUCGAAAAAGAUUGUGUUGACAAGCUCUGAUGGCGAGUCUUUCGAAGUUGAGGAAGUGGUGGCGAGAAAAAUGCAGACCGUAAGGCAAAUGAUCGAAGACGACUGUGCUACUAACGAAAUCCCGCUUCAAAAAGUUACAGGAAUGAUCCUCGCCAUGGUUAUCGAGUAUUGCAAGAGACAUGUCGAUGAUGAGAAGAAGGAAGAUGAUUCAAUGUCUGAAGAGGAAGCCGCGAAGAUCAAGGAAUGGGAAGCAGAGUUUCUCAAGGAUAGAGAUCUGGCGACAGUCUUCCAACUCAUUCUCGCUGCUAACUAUCUCAACGUCAAAGGCUUUCUUGAUCUCACUUGUCAGAACGUUGCAGAUCACAUCAAAGACAUGACGCCAGAGGAGGUUCGUGAGAUCUUUAAUAUCAAAAACGAUUUCACACCAGAAGAAGAAGAACAAGUUCGCAGGGAGAACUCUUGGGCUUUUGAGGAACCAGCUGCUCCUCCAAAACCCUAA